AUGGCCCCUGUCGCUGAAGCAGUCGACUAUCUGAGUUACGAGUUCAACAUUCAGGACCUCCAUAGUUGCUGGCGAAACGCAACCAAACAUAAGGACCAAAUCAUCAACGGACGGAGAUUGGAAAAUGCUUCAUGGCGUAAAUUCUUCCAGAUGAAGUUCAAUCUAAAAACCGCUGAUCCCAGCAUCCUUAAUUGGCAAAAGGAUAAUGACGUUUGUUGGCUGUAUGGACCAUUCUUCUCCUACGAACCAUUGCCCGUCAUCGAGGCUGCUGCUCUAGAACGAGAUCUAGCUGAAAAGGCUAAUAUGAUGGGUGCAAACAUUGCCAAAGAUGCCGCUGCUCUAGCUGCUGAUGGCACCCCUCUAAGGCCUGCUUUGAAGAAACGCAAGGAAAAAGACGAUAUAUGGUUGGCGUUGAGAGAAAAGUAUCUAGCCAAUGGUGGUAAUCUGAGGCCUGAAGAUCUGCAGGCCUUUGCUUCCCGUGACCCAUCGCCGCCGGCUCCCACUGGUCGUGGGGCAUUGUUUUACUUGUCUGAUUUCCCAUCCCGAUAUGUAAGCAAGGAAGGAAUGAUACCUAGGGUAACUAGUGAAACAUGGACUUCUGCAAAAUGGGACCGUGUCAAUCCAUGGGACCAAACUACUGCUACAACCACCACCGCCAACACUCGAGUUAGCCUAGUCGUCCCUGAAGAGACAUCUCCUAUAGAAGAAGACGAAUCGUCGUCACCUCCACAGCAAUCACAACAACGAGGUCGUUCUUCUAGAACUGGUAAAAAACCUCGAGUAAGAACGGCCGACUCUCCAGACUCGAUUGAUAGUGCAAAACAUAUAAGAUUCUCUGAAAGGGUCGAGGUCAAUGACUUGUUGGAUUCAGCCGAAGAACCGUCUCCUCGUGAAGAGUCGAGUAUACAGGAUACACCUAAACGUAAUAUAGUAGGCCUCAAAAAACCCAUGUUUGAUCAAUCAGAGAGUGAAACAGACGAUGAACCAGAUUACUUUGUUGCAAAGGGUAGCAAGUUUGAUGGUAUAGAAAACAGGGGAAACUCUCCAAUACGAGGUAUCUCACCAUCACCAUCAACUGAUACACCACCGUCGUCGCAACCGUUACCACAACAACCAUUACCACAUCCAUCGUCUGCUAUAAGUGAGAGUCUUCGACGUAGAUUAAGUACACCCACGACAGCUGAAGACUCUGACGAUGAGAAUGAAGGGCUAAUAUAUAUCAAUGUCCGCAAAUCACCCAAUCUCAGUAUUGUGUCUCAUCCAUCAGAACAUCUGCCCUCAGGGCCCGCUGUACCUGCCGCUUUGACAUAUGCCAAUUCGUCUGGUAAUUUAGGUGGACUGAAGCGAACAACGUCUACUGGUAAACUGUCACUAGCAUUACAACAGGCGACCCAAGUCCAACAAGACAGGUUAAACUCGGCUCCUGCAACCUUGGCUACCUUUGACUUCCCAACAAUGCAACCAGCAGCACCUGGAUCGUAUCAGCCGCCUACUAAUAAUUCAACAUCAAUUGUCGCCAAUGCUCCGUUACCGAUAUUACCUAUAUUAAAACAUACGUCUGAACAAACCGGCCAAGAGCCAACAACGAGUCUACCAUCACCACCACCAUCAUCCGCAGGACCUGAAUCUACGGGAAAUAGUCCAGCUGUUCGUGAAGACGAGGAUGAAAGUUAUGUAUCUGCUCAUGCACCUGAAGAAUAUACUGUAGGUGACCGAGUCAAUGAUGUCUUGAAUAAUGCUUAUGAGGUAGCACGUUGGCUUGGAGCAGCGGUUUCGAGUGGGACAACAGGAUUCUACGGCCUGCCAGUCCAUCCAAACCCUAGACCAGUUCUCAUCUCUCUCUACCAACGAAUCCUCCACACAUCGCAACGCCUCCCACAAGAAUCCGUGUAUCGUCAAUCCGCCGAAUCACUAGCCAAACACCGUCUAACUAUUGUCGAAAAGGAAGAAGACGUGUCCAAGAUUGAAGCUCAGAUUAAUGCUGGACAGGUUGAAGAGUUAAUAAAGCAGGCUGAAGAUGAGUUGGCGUUGAUUCCAAAGAUGGAGGCUUGGAAGGUAUGGGAACCACUAGAAACUCCUCCUGAAGAAGGACAAUGGAAGGGCUUCUAA